CUGAGUCACUACAGUAGCAAGAGAGGUGGAUUCAAUUCAAUUAAUGGCUAUCCUCCGCAAUUGCGUGAUAGCUUCAAUUUCUCAUCAAACCCCUCCAACUGUGAAGUUGGACCCUGACCCACCGACAACAUGAGCUUAAGCCAACCCGAGAAGAAUGGGGACGUCGAAGAGCCAAGAGCCGAGUAUCCAGUCGAUGAGUUUGACCGGUUCUCAGGUCGAAGAAAGCUGGUCAUGGUCGCGGUCAUCGCGUGGACUGGCCUCCUCUCCCCAAUUUCAAGCACCUCCGUGCUAUCAGCUAUUCCCAAUGUUGCUUCGACGUACAAUACAUCCGGCUCCGUGAUCGGUCUGAGUAAUGCCUUGUAUCUGGUCUUUAUGGCUCUGAGUCCUUGCUUCUGGGGUCCCUGGUGCCAGACAAUUGGCAGGCGCAUGUCUUGUCUGGCGAGUACAUUGACCUUCUUGGGCGCAUCGAUCGGAACAGCGCUAAGUCCAAAUAUCGCCUCGUUCAUGAUUUUUCGCAUGCUCACUGCGUUCGUGGGUACGGCUAUCCUGGUUAUAGGACCAGCUAUCAUUCGCGACCUGUACCGGCCGCUCGACCGAGCAACCGGCCUCGCCUGGUUUUAUACUGGUACACUGGUUGGUCCAACAAUCGGCCCAUUACUGGCUGGUGCGAUUGUCACGUAUACCACCUGGCGUGUUAUAUUCUGGAUGCAGACUGGACUCGCUGGGAUAGCUCUUCUGGCAUCCUUCUUUCUACUGCCCGAGACACUGGCGGAGAAUGCACCCCGUCCUCUGAAAGGGUUAACCAGGGGCCAGAAGGUUAUCAAGUUCUAUACAAUGACAAAUCCCUUGCGGGUUAUUACCCCGUUCAAACACCCUAGCUUGGUGGUCACGGCGAUUGCCAGUGGUUCUCUUGUUUGGAACCAAUACGGCCUCCUGACGCCCAUCCGCUAUGUAUUGAACCCGAGGUUCCAUCUCGAAACACCACUCCAAUCCGGUUUGCUGUAUCUAGCCCCAGGCAUAGGAUACAUACUCGGCACAUUCGGCGGCGGCCGGUGGGCUGACUACAUUGCAAGAAAAUGGUACGAGCGCAGGGGGAAAGUAUUCGUACCAGAAGACCGUUUAUACGCCGCCGUUCCAUUCCUGGGGAUAGUGAUCCCGGCCUGUAUGCUCAUCUACGGAUGGUCCGUCGACAAGGCCUUUGGCGGGCUCCCCGUGCCGAUUAUAUUUAUGUUCCUGCAGGGCGUUGCGCAGCUUUUCUGCUACCCAAGCCUGAACACGUAUUGUCUCGAUGUGGUGCCGGAUAGGAGUGCAGAGCUUAUUGCAGGGAACUUCUUCAUUCGGUAUAUAUUCGGUGCUGUUGCUUCGGCGGUUGCGAUUCCGGCUUCGGAGUCCAUUGGCGUCGGAUGGUUUAGCACGAUAUCUGCCCUGCUCCUGGCUGUGGGAGGUGCUGGCAUUUUUGCGGCUGCUCGUUGGGGACAUAUCAAGCUUGGACCGGCAUAGCAUCUUCCCGAAUUACAUUUAGGAAAUACGAAACCGGCAGACUCUACCCCCGGCUCAGAGACCCGGUACCCAUCCGGAGUGUGAAACUGGAGACCCAGAAGAAACGGAUAUAACAACUCCUUGGCUCAAUCCCUCCGGCAGGCUACAAAAUUGCAAGGCUGGGUAGGCUCGUCCAUGACGUCCGCCGCAGUUAUGGGUGGCCUAAUAUUAGUUUUAAAUAGAUUCUCAUGCAUUACGAUAGAACAUACAUAAUAUUCAGAUAUCCAGCUCAAUAUGACGAGAUGC